AUGAAUAACGCCACUCAUGACGAAGUUAAACAGCUUCUGCCUUCUGACUAUCCAGAGGUUCUUCUGGACGCUGUGGUGGAGAGACUCAUUGCUAUGGAGAUCACUAAUCAGAGAGAUCUCGUUGGUCUUGCGUCAGACGAUCCACUAUUGACCUCUUUGGUCAACUCAUUAUUCCCUGCGGCGGCUAAGGAGACUGAUGAUGCUGAGCAAUCACGGCUUGUGAAGGCAAUGAAA